GAUUUGUAAAUAUUUGGUUGUGUAUGCCGGUGUAAAGUCAUAAGAAUUUCCUUAUAGUAACUGUUUUUAACGUUUCGGAAGUAUUAAACAGAACCAUGUACAUUAACACGAUUUCAAUGGAAAUAUGUACCCUAAUAUAUGAACUUUUUAUAAAUGCACUCAUGUUUCAACAAUGUCCAUUUGGAAUAUUUUACAGAAGAAUACUUCAACAUCUUUAAUUUUCCAAUUAAAAAAUAAACAAAAUAAUACUAUUAAGUACGAAAGAAUGAGUAAUACAGUAUCACGUAGUGCAACGAGGUUUAGAUUUCGGGUAGUUUGGUUCCCGCGACGAAGACUGAAAGUAUUUGUCGUCGUCUUUGGGGUUUCUGCUUGCUUUAGUUUUCUAAGCGAGUUGAUUAGAAAUGAGAAAGGUGGAAUUUCCGACAGCAAGUCGCUAGAGAGUCGUGUUCUCGAGGGACCAGCCACGGAGACAGACCCCUCUCCUGCGCUAGCCGGUGUCCCGAGGUUCGAGCCCCAGAGCUUCCUGGAGGACGCGGCGCCGGGGAACGAGAGCCACUGCCGCUUCAACUACGGUGCCCCUGAUGACCUGGAGGGGGCAGAGCAGGCGGCGCCCAGCCCCGGGGGCGGGCCGUACCGCGUGCUCUACAACGUUCUGGAGGGCGGGGCAGGCAGCGGGAAUGUUACCUAUUGCACGCACGCCACGCCCGAGCUGCUGUACCUGGUGGUGGAGGUGGCGCGGCGCUGGGACGGGCCAGUGAGCGUGGCGGUGUUUGCGCCACUGUGGGACGCUGGCCUGUGCCUUCAGCUGGCGGCGCACCUGUGUCGCUGCUCAGCGCACAUGGCGGCCGUGUCGCUGCACCUGGUGUUCCCAGCAGAUGCCCCACCCACACCUGCUCCCAAUCCCUUGCCUCCGCCCGAGCCGGGCUGCCGGGUCCCGCCCCUGCCCGCUCUCACGGCCAGGCAUCAGCACCAGCUCAGCUACCCGGUCAACGCGGCACGCAAUGCCGCCCGCACAGCCGCCAGCACCGCACACGUAUUGGUGGCGGACGUGGAGCUGCUCCCAAGCCGUGGAUUGGCCGACGGCUUCUCGGCCAUGAGGGCGCGGCUAGGCGGGGCCAGGCUCGGCAGACCCGGCCACGUGUUCGUGGUGCCGGUGUUCGAGGUGGAGCAUGGCGAGACGGUGCCCGUCACCAAGCAGCAGCUGGUGCAGCUUUAUGCUCGUGGCCGUGCCGUCUACUUCCACCGCUGGGUGUGCCUGCACUGCCAGCGCUUCCCUGGCUUGCAGCGCUGGCUACACCGAAGACCUCGCCCCCUCGUCCAGCCGCUGUUGGUGGUGCGCCGGGAGUUUCCGUACCACCGCUGGGAGCCGGUGUUCAUCGGCACCGGGCGGGAGCCCCUGUACAGCGAGGAGUUGUCCUGGGAAGGUCAGCAGGACAAGAUGACCCAGAUGGCGGAGAUGUGCCUCCUGGGCUACAGGUUCGUGAUCCUGGACGGAGCAUUCCUGGUGCACAUUCCAGGCAUGAAGCGUCGUUCCGACCCACCCGCACAGUGGCGCCACCCGCACCAACGCAGCAAUGCUCAGGCAUAUGCACGCAUCGUUCAAGAGCUGCGGCAAAAGUACGGCAGUGUCGGUAGCUGUAGGUUGUAGGCAGCUGUGUAGUCAGUUCAGUGGUGCCACCCGCACCAUUGCAGCAAUGCUAGGGCAUAUGCAUGCAUCGUUCAAGAGCUGCGGCAAAAGUACGGCAGUGUCGGUAGCUGCAGGUUGUAGGCAGCUGUGUAGUCAGUUCAGUGGUGCCACCCGCACCAACGCAGCAAUGCUCGGGCAUAUGCACGCAUCGUUCAAGAGCUGCGGCAAAAGUACGGCAGUGUCGAUAGCUGCAGGUUGUAGGCAGCUGUGUAGUCAGUUCAGUGGUGCCACCCGCACCAUUGCAGCAAUGCUAGGGCAUAUGCAUGCAUCGUUCAAGAGCUGCGGCAAAAGUACGGCAGUGUCGGUGGCUGCAGGUUGUAGGCAGCUGUGUAGUCAGUUCAGUGGUGCCACCCGCACCAUUGCAGCAAUUCUAGUGCAUAUGCAUGCAUCGUUCAAGAGCUGCGGCAAAAGUACGGCAGUGUCGGUGGCUGCAGGUUGUAGGCAGCUGUGUAGUCAGUUCAGUGGUGCCACCCGCACCAUUGCAGCAAUUCUAGUGCAUAUGCAUGCAUCGUUCAAGAGCUGCGGCAAAAGUACGGCAGUGUCGGUGGCUGCAGGUUGUAGGCAGCUGUGUAGUCAGUUCAGUGGUGCCACCCGCACCAACGCUCGGGCAUAUGCACGCAUCGUUCAAGGGCUGCAUACUUUAAGCAUUAGCAUGGCUUUACUAGAGAGAUCACGUGGUGAUGAAAAUGCAUGUUUGACGAUUACCGAAGGACCCAAAACAUUUUUUAAAUUCUAGUCAAAAAUAAGAUUUAAAAGCAAUUUACUAAAUUUUUAACACGUUAUUAUGAUCACAAAAGUAUGUUCAUGUAUGGUAGACCACACUUAGGCCUAUAAGCUAUAACUAAUGAGCAUGUGAGGAAAAUAUGUGAUGUUUAAAUGACACAUCUAAUAAUUGCAAGUUAUUAAAACAAAGGGGGAGUCUACAACAUUUAUAUCUCUACUGCAAUAAAAUAAAAUAUUUUUAAUUAACUAUAGAAACAGCUAUCAGACUAGUAACAAGCAGCUUCUUUAGUUGGUUACAUGAGGGCAGCAAUAAAAACCUCAUAGUUUUCACUUUUUAGCAACACAAUUGUUGCUAGUUUAGUGGUUUUUUUUUUUUUUUUUUUCCAAAUUGAAGCCUUUGCUGUUGACAAACAGCUAUUUGUUUUGUAAUUUUUUUUAUACAUCCUGCCUAAUUAAACACAAAUAUUAUUUGCAAAGAUUAGAAAUAUUUACAAAAAUAAUACGGUUGUCAAAUGAGUCGUAUAGUUCCAAAACCUGCCUUUUCCACUUUUGGUGUUUUUACAAUAAUCAAGGAAAACGUAUUCAUAUUGAUCACACAAUAAAUUUAGCAAGAUUUGUGUUUAUAUCAAAAUAAAAUGAAUCAAAGGGCAGUUUUUUCAAAGCUAAAUGUUCAAAAAAUGUUAAUUGUGAGCAUUAUAAUGAAAUCAAAAUUGAAGAAGGCAUGUUUUGGAAUUAACAGUGGUGUUAGGAAACUUUUGGAAUAAACACACAUGGAUAUGACAGCUUUUGAAAAUAACAAGAAAACUUAAAUUUUCAGAUUUAGGUUUUGAGGUGUUUUGAAAAUACAAAAUUUGAAGUUGUAAUCAAGAAAUACGUAUCUCUAUAGACAUGAUGAUGUUACAAUUACAUGCAAUUAAAUAUCUUAUACAUAAAUAUUACUAUAAAAUACAGUUACAAUCUGUCAAACAAAUGUAGCUUAAAAUAAAAGCACUUUCAAUGUUACACUUUCAUUGUAAAGAAUAUACAUAUUUAAAAAAUAUUUAUAUUCUCAAAUCGUUUUCUUCAUAGCCACCUUCACAAAACUUGUGCUCCUGGUAUGAACAAU